AUGAAGACCGCCACCGUCCUCUCCGCCAUUGCGGCCCUCGCUGCCACCGCCGCCGCCGCCGCCGAGCUCAAGAUCGACGUCACCCACAAGGUCGAGUGCGAGCGCAAGACCAAGAAAGGCGAUAAGGUCUCGAUGCACUAUCGCGGCACCCUUGCUGCCGACGGUUCGCAGUUUGAUGCCAGUCUUCUCGACAUGUGCAUUGGCGAGAAGAGAACUCUCACGAUUCCACCUGAGUUUGGCUACGGCGACCGCGGCAUCGGCCCCAUCCCCGGCGGUGCUACUCUCAUCUUUGAGACCGAGCUCGUCGGCAUCGCCGGCGUGGAACCCCCGAAAAAGGCUGAGCAGGUCGACGACGCCACUGCGCCCGAGGGCGAUGAAGAGGCCGUCAAGUCCGCUAACGUGAGCGCCUCUUCUCCUUUCUCCUCCGUUUAG